UCACAUGUUUCAACCAUGAAUAUCAUUACUCGAGCUCUCUAUAAAAAGAAGCAAAUUAGACAAGAUCUACACUUAAAAGCUAAAAAACCUUCAAGCAAGGAAAAGAAGAAUCAAAAGCCAAUCAUGAGCUCAGUUAUAUCACAGCAAGAGGAAAAGCAGUCCACAUCAUCUGCAGGAGGAGUCAAAGCACUCACUCAAUCAUACAUCAUUGAACAACUCAGACAGAAUGGUUACAAGUCACUAGCUGCAAGUCUCUCAAAAGACCAGCUUACCAUAUCAGAAGAAAUGCACAAAAUAGUCAAGAGAAUAAGCAAUCAGCUAGCACAAGAGAAGAAAGAGCAGAUGGAAGACAUUUGCUUUGAGCUCCAGCUGACCAAGGAGACACUCACCGAGACCUUCAACGGAAUCUCUCAAGAACUAUUCAAAGACGGGAUAAAAUGGGGCAGAAUAGUAACCUUCAUAGCAUUCAGUGGAGCAAUGGCUGUCUACUGUGCUCAAAAUUCACUCGGUGAUCAAGUGAGCGAUGUAAUCAGACAGACUGGAUCCUUCAUACAGGACAACCUACACCAAUGGAUACUCAAUAAUGAUGGAUGGUGCGGAUUCGUUAGACAUUUCGACGAGCAAGAUAUCAAUCUUAACUUUUUUGUACCGGCAUUCUUCAUAGGGCUAGGAAUGACAGCACUAGCAGUGGCUGGCAGUUUUCUCGCAUUUAAAAGGAAAUACACUGGAGGUCUAUUAUGAUGGCUCACAAACUAUUAUAAUAUGUGUUUGUAUUGUACUUAUAUUUGUCAUUAUUUGUAUGUUUGUAUCACUUAUUUAUUAUUACACAAUACACUUCAAACAUCAACUGAAAAA